AUGCUUUUCGUGCAAGUGUGUUUUCUCUGCAGUGUCCUCUUCAUGGCGUGGAGCAUGUCAGCGCUUCUGACAAAGACAGGCCAUGGAAUGAUCCUGGAGAAUGGACACGAGAAGCACGAACAUUGGGGAAGGAGGCUCAUGGGACAUGAACCCGACAACGACAAUGAGACAGAGUGGAAGAACUGCACAGAGCCAGCGAUCAAGGAGUUCCCUGAAGACCUUUUCACCAACAACGAGCGCAAGAGUGGGGCCGUCCUGCUGCACAUAGUGGCGGCCCUCUAUAUGUUCCUGGCCCUGGCUAUAAUCUGUGACGACUACUUUGUGACAUCGCUGGAGAAGAUCUGUGAGAAACUAGACCUAAGUGAGGAUGUUGCCGGAGCCACUUUUAUGGCAGCUGGGAGUUCUGCUCCAGAGCUGUUUGCCUCUGUCAUUGGUGUCUUCAUCACCCACGGUGACGUGGGGGUGGGGACAAUCGUUGGCUCAGCCGUCUUCAAUAUCCUGUGCAUCAUCGGUGUGUGCGGAAUCUUCGCCGGACAGGUCGUAAUGUUGGGUUGGUGGUCUGUUUUCCGAGAUUCAUUCUACUACAUCUUGUCUAUCCUAGCUCUUAUUGCAUUCAUUUACGAUGAGAAGGUGGUGUGGUGGGAAAGCCUGGUGUUGGUGCUCAUGUACUGUGGAUACAUCCUCAUCAUGAAGUUUAACCAGAGCUUGCAGAAGUUGUUCACGGGGAAAGGGGGUAAAGACAAGAACCAGGCCAACGGUAACGCGGCGGCCAGCAGCGAGAUGGAGGACGUUAAGCCCAGUAAGGCUUACAGUCGUGGCUCUGUGGUCAUGGUCGAUGAGAUUAUGCACGCCAGCCCUCCCAAGUUACGCUUCCCAGAGGCCGGCCUCCGCGUCAUGGUCACCAGCCAUUUUGGACCAAAGACCCGGCUGCGUAUGGCCAGUCGCCUCAUCAUCACUGAGCGUCAGAAGCUGGUCCAGGGUGCCAACGGGGUGGAGACCCAGGUUCUGGAGGGGAAGGUGGACAUUGAGAAUGGCAACGUGCCUGAAGACAAACCAGCAGAGGAGGAGCAGGAGAAUGAAACCAUCUCCCCCUUUCAUAUCCCUGAUGGCAUCGGCAGCAAGUGCAAGUGGUUGAUCUCGUGGCCCCUGCUGCUCCUCCUGUUCUUCACCAUCCCCAACUGUGCCAAGCCUCGCUGGGAGAAGUUCUUCAUGGUCUCCUUCUUCCUUUCUACCGUCUGGAUCGCUGUCUUCUCCUACUUCAUGGUCUGGAUGGUCACCAUCAUCGGCUACACCCUUGGCAUCCCAGAUGUCAUUAUGGGCAUCACCUUCCUGGCAGCAGGCACCAGCGUUCCAGACUGCAUUGCCAGUCUCAUUGUUGCUCGGCAAGGAUUGGGUGACAUGGCAGUGUCCAACACCAUCGGCAGUAAUGUGUUUGAUAUCCUGGUUGGGCUGGGCGUUCCCUGGGCACUGCAGACCAUGGCGGUCAGCUACGGCUCUGAGGUCAUGAUCAACAGUCGAGGACUGGUCUACUCUGUGGUGUUGCUUCUGGGAUCUGUGGCUUUGACGGUGGGGGGGAUCCACGUGAACCACUGGAAGUUGGAUCUGAAGCUGGGUAUCUACACGCUGGUCCUCUACGCUGUCUUCCUGUGUUUCUCCAUCAUGAUCGAGUACAACGUCUUCACCUUCGUCAACCUGCCCAUGUGCAUGGAGGAGUAG